CUCGAUUCCCCAUCGGAGCUUCAAUUCUCUCCCCGGCAAACAUCCACCACAUUCGCACCUCAAACAAUUUCAUUCUUUCUCUCUCGGAUUUCUCCGAUCAAUAUCCCCAGCCAUGACUCCUGAGUAUGACUACCUGUUCAAGCUUUUGCUUAUUGGAGAUUCUGGAGUAGGAAAAUCAUGUCUACUCCUGAGGUUUGCUGACGAUUCCUACUUGGAUAGUUACAUAAGCACCAUUGGAGUUGAUUUUAAAAUCCGUACCGUGGAACAAGAUGGCAAGACCAUUAAGCUUCAAAUUUGGGAUACUGCGGGUCAAGAACGUUUUAGGACGAUCACAAGCAGCUACUACCGCGGAGCACACGGCAUUAUAGUGGUUUAUGAUGUGACAGAUCAAGAAAGCUUUAACAAUGUCAAACAGUGGCUGAGUGAAAUCGAUCGUUUUGCCAGCGAAAACGUUAACAAACUUCUUGUUGGGAACAAAUGUGAUCUCGUUAAGAAUAAAGUCGUGUCAACCGAAGUAGCCAAGGCAUAUGCUGAUGAAAUUGGAAUCCCAUUCAUGGAAGCAAGUGCAAAAGAGGCCACCAAUGUUGAACAGGCUUUCAUGGCCAUGGCUGCUUCAAUCAAAGAUAGGAUGGCAAGUCAACCUUCGAUGAAUAUGUCGAGGCCUCCAACAGUUAACAUUCGUGGACAGCCCGUUAAUCAGAGUAGCGGAUGCUGCUCAUCAUAAGCAACUACAACUUGCCUGUAUUUCCAAAGGCGUGUGGAGGUAAAAUAUCUCGUAGUAUCCCAUCGUUUUUAUUCGGCUAAAAAGUUGUACAAAAUUAAAAAUGUACUUCUCUUUAUGGUUUUGGUUCAUACAUUUUAUUCAUUAUGUGU